AUGACGACACGCUACGAAGACUUCCACCGGAACGAGAACCUCGGUGGCCCAGGCGAUUCGCGUCCCACGGCGCAGCAAAUCGUCGACUACAACGAUCUUGUGGGCAAAUGGACCGACAAGGUGAUCUUGGUCACGGGCACGAGCAGCGGCCUCGGGAUCACCACCGUUGCAGCCCUCAAGUCUACAGGUGCAAAGAUCUAUGCCACCGCCCGGAACCUAGACAAGGGCCGCAAUGCCCUGAAAAGACUACUGGAACCGGGCCGCGUUGAGCUCCUGCAGCUCGAUACCGGCGACUUGUCCAGUGUUCGCGCCUGUGCAACAGAGUUCCUGAGUCGGGAGAGUAAGCUCAAUGUACUGAUCAACAACGCUGGCGUCAUGGCCAUUGAGGACCGUCGUCUCACCAAGGAUGGUUUUGAGGAGCAGUUCGCUGUCAACUACCUGGGCCAUUUCCUGCUCUUCCUUCUGCUCAAGCCAGCGUUGCUUGCGGCUGCUUCACCGGAGUUCGGCUCUCGCGUCAUUAACGUGUCUUCCAGCACGCACAAGGUAGCAAGCGUCAAUCUUGACAACCUCAACUUCGAUCAAGACGGCAGCUACGAUCGAUUUGUCGGCUACGGGCAAGCGAAGACAGCGCAGAUCCUUAUGACGAAUGAGAUUGAGCGGCGGUAUGCAGCUCAGGGCUUGCACAGCCUAGCAUUGAACCCUGGUGCGAUCGACACACCCCUCCAAGUACACAUCCAGACCAUGGUAGAUGAGCUGAAAAAGAACUGGGAGAUCAGGAAGACAAUGAAAGAUGUCGAGCAGGGUUCUGCAACGACGCUGGUGGCAGCGGUGGACAAGGAAGUGGAGGGGAAAGGUGGACUCUACCUGAAUGACUGUGCGAUCCAGGAGCCCACAGAUAACCAUGAAAUGGGCGGCGGUGGAGUCGCGAGGCAUGCGCUGGACGAGGUGCUCGGAAAGAAGCUUUGGAACAAGGGAAUCGAGCUUGUGGGAUUUCAGGAGUGA